CGCCACCUGACAGCGCAUGCAGCUCGCGUCACUCAGCUCAACGCAACGCGUCCGCAUUCAGCAUUCGGCGUCAACCGCGUUAAUUGAUGGGAGGAUAGGCUAUAAUGUCUACGGUUUUUUGUCCCAUGAAUUGCAUCUCAUGAGGGAGCUAAUAUUAUAACAUGAUUUCGCUCUCAUACAGUGCUUCUCAACCCAAAGAACGCUCUUCGCUACCAUGUAUAAGUCGUCAUGGAUGUCUUCCGCGUGCGGUUGAACUGCAUUGACCAUUACCAAGCCACACCAACAAAAUAUGAUCCAUCACUUCGAAGUGACGUGCGAUCAUCGCAGCUGCGCAAGGAGCCCAAGGUCCCUGUCAUCAGGGUCUUCGGGUCUACCGAAACUGGCCAGAAAGUGUGCGCCCACAUCCAUGGCGCAUUUCCCUACCUCUUCAUAGAGUACCCUGGUAGUUUGAAACCGGAUGAUGUAAAUGCAUACAUCUACCGGCUGCAUCUGUCCAUCGACCAUGCCUUAGCCGUGAGCUAUCGGCGUAAUGUAUAUGAUGGUAACCACAGAUAUGUGGCUAAAAUUACCCUGGUGAAGGGCAUUCCCUUCUAUGGCUUCCAUGUUGGAUAUAGAUUUUAUCUCAAAAUCUACAUGCUUAAUCCGGUAGUAAUGACGCGACUCGCCGAACUGCUUCAGCAGGGGGCUAUUAUGAAGCAGAGAUUCCAACCGCACGAGGCACAUUUGCAAUAUCUUCUUCAAUUCAUGACCGAUUACAAUCUUUAUGGGUGUGCAUAUAUAGAUGCACGAAGGGUUUGUUUCAGAUCUCCGGUUCCGAAGCACGAAGACGAUGAGACUUCAAUUCAUUUGUGGCAUAGCCAGUCCAUCUCACGGUGGUACAUCACCGAUGAUCUAGACCUACCCCGCGUAAGUCAUUGUUCAAUUGAAGUCGACAUAUGUGUUCGCGAUAUUCUCAAUCGGCGCGAGAUCAGAGAAAGACGACUGCAUAAUGACUUCAGCGAAAGGAACCACCCACUACCAGCUGGUUUAAAGCUGGUUCAUAGCAUGGCGGGACUAUGGAGAGACGAGACUGAACGCCGGAAGAGAAGAAUGUCCAGCCUCACAGGAAAUAGCGACCCGUUUCCUCCAGAGGCAUUAGUAUCCAUGUCUGCUGAUCCUCGCGAUUCACAGCCUUCCGGGUGGAUCCACGAGGAAGAAUAUAGGGGUCAAAUUCAAGAACUGAUCCAUCAGGAACAGGAGCGCAAUGAACAAAUUCAAGUGAACUUUGACGCAUUCAUUCAGAAUGUCCCCUUCGAGUCUACGGUUAAAACUGUGUUACAAUCCGUCGAAGAUCUGCACUCGGACCAUCCAGAAUCUAUGCUGGGGACGGUCCAACCGCCUGAGCUUGAUGGGGACCCCAUAAGCAGUAUUAUCGUGGAUGAACAUCGGAUCCUAGACAUAGAGCCGAUUGGAGGUGAUACGUUCCCUGAUGACUCUGACGAAGAUGCAAUUCGAGCUUCGAAUACGCUUAAAGAAGUGCCCAUCCCCAAAUCACAAACUCGGCAUAAUUCCCAAGUGCCUGCCUUAAAGUUAUCAGGCAAAACAACGGAAGCAAUCCAUAGUCCACAAAGUACUGGAACAGAUCGUUCGGAUCAUUUAAAAGCUGCUUCAAACGCAAGCUGUCUGCCUGAAGGUUUACUUGCCAGCUGCCUGCAUACCAGUCGUCAACCGAAGCCUCCAGUCUCUAACAUAUUUUUAGACGCUGCCGCAAAUCGAGGCUUAGUAAGUAAAACGCAAGGUGUGCAAACUAUUCAACCAGAUCUGGUACCAUCCAAACGCCAUGCACAACCAAACUUGGAGUCUACGGACACCAAGCGACGUCGUGUGGAGUUUGCGCCUUUGACAAGUAACUACGGAAGUAUGUCAACCGUUGUGGCAGAAUCCAGUGAACAGUCAGUGGUAGCGGCGCACGAUAUUUCGCAAUCCACGCCGUCUUCACAGGCUGGUAAAGGCAAAGGCAACCCGCACAACAAGCAGCAGUCGGGAUUGCAGCGUCUCAACUUUCCCGUUGUCAAAGACCCGCAUGAUCCCAAUACUAAGUUACGGUUAAGUCAAUCAAGCUCUCAGCCGAGCGAUGAUGAUAGACAGAAGAAGCAUGUCUCGUUCGAAGCGCCAGCCCAAGCUACGGAAUUCUCUACAGACAUAUUUUCCCAAACCUCAGCACUACAAUCUUCUAGCUCUUCUACAAUGACGAUAAACCCCACGAAACUUGUCAACAUGACAGAUAUUGGCUGUGCUCCACAACCCAAUGCUGCAUUUUAUGUAUUCUGUCAGAAACCACCAUCAGCUGCCGAAGUUCUGUCGACCAUGGAAGAAUACAACCAGCCUGAUGUGAUUUACAAAGAUCCAUAUUAUGGUAAGGCGAAAGAUGUUCCAUUAAGGGCUCGAGAAUAUGCUGGCCAGGAGUUCCGACUAAAGGGUGACACUCUCCCGUUCCUGCCGGAUUUUGACCCUACCGGAGAUUUUUCAGCCAAUCAUGCCAGAUCAAAAGCCCUAUACGAACCCAAUAGGGAUGCUGAAAUGUAUAAAAAACAGCGUCUCGAGUGCUCAUUGCGAGGCUGGGAAAUCGCACAACCUCCACCUAGCUUCGAUGAGGUACAGGAAUGGUCACAAACUCAUUUGCAGGCUGCAACACCUUCAACUGGCUCUUCUAUGAAGGCAAUGGAUCCUGAGCUGAAGCCGUAUUUGUCUCAGAUCGAAGGUGCAACCCCAAAGAACAAGCAUGGCUUCAAGUAUUCGCAGAAAACGAAAUCCACAAGCGUUCAACAUGAGGCUCAAUAUAUGAGCACUAUGAGCCUAGAGAUACAUGUCAACACUCGCGGGAAGCUAGUCCCGAAUCCUGAACAGGAUGAAGUCCAAGCCAUUUUCUGGUGCUCGAAAUCAGACGAGAACUCUACGACUGGAAAUGACACGUCUCUAAACACCAAAUCAGGAGUCAUCGUGCUUUCUGAGGAUGGCUCGUUGGCACAGACUAUGCAAAGGAUGACCAAGACCGAGGUCGUUGAAGAGUCAUCAGAGCUAGAUUUAAUGGUAAGGAUGGUUGAGAUCGUUCGAACCCACGACCCAGAUAUUCUUACGGGGUAUGAAGUCCAUGGGAGCUCAUGGGGAUUUCUCGUCGAGCGGGCCCGCCUCAAGUAUGACUAUGAUCUUUGUGAUGAGUUUUCCCGAAUGAAAAGUCAAUCUUUCGGACGGUUUGGAAAGGAAGCUGACAAAUGGGGCUUUAAUACUACAUCCACAAUACGAGUUACUGGAAGACACAUGAUCAAUAUUUGGCGGUCGAUGCGAGGAGAGCUGAACCUUCUGCAAUACACGAUGGAAAAUGUGGUCUGGCAUCUACUACACCGGCGUAUACCACACUAUCCUUGGCAUACAUUGACCGAUUGGUACACUGGGGGCAGAACUCGGGAUCUUGCCAAACUCUUACGCUAUUAUUUGACACGGACUAAACUUGACAUCGAAAUUCUCGAGGCAAAUGAACUAAUUGCUCGGACCAGUGAACAGGCGCGGGUGCUCGGCGUUGACUUCUUUUCAGUCUUUUCUCGUGGUUCACAAUUCAAAGUUGAGUCUAUCAUGUUCAGGAUUGCCAAACCCGAAAACUUCAUCCUAGUAUCACCAGAUAGGAAGCAAGUCGGUAUGCAAAAUGCGCUUGAGUGUCUGCCUCUGGUGAUGGAGCCUCAAAGUGCAUUUUAUAAUAGUCCGCUUGUUGUUCUCGAUUUUCAAAGUCUGUACCCAAGUGUCAUGAUCGCCUACAAUUAUUGCUAUUCGACAUUCCUGGGCCGUAUAGUCAAUUGGCGAGGCACGAAUAAAAUGGGAUUUACCGAAUAUCGACGCCAAAACAGACUCCUGGAGCUCCUUAAGGACCAUAUCAACGUCGCACCUAAUGGUAUUAUGUACUGCAAAGCCGAAAUUAGGAAGUCUUUGUUGGCAAAGAUGCUAACAGAGAUACUCGAAACUCGAGUUAUGGUGAAAAGCGGCAUGAAGCAGGACAAGGAUGACAAAACACUUCAACGACUUUUGAAUAAUCGGCAACUAGCGCUUAAGCUGCUCGCAAACGUCACCUACGGAUAUACGUCAGCAUCUUUUUCAGGGCGUAUGCCAUGCUCCGAGAUUGCGGACAGCAUUGUGCAAACAGGACGAGAGACUCUUGAGCGGGCAAUAGCGCUCAUCCAUUCGGUGGACAAGUGGAAAGCUGAGGUCGUAUAUGGCGAUACAGACAGUCUGUUUAUUUACCUCCCGGGUAGAACCAGAGAUCAGGCCUUCGACAUCGGCAACGAAAUCGCCAAAACCAUCACGGAUAUGAAUCCUCGGCCAAUAAAGCUGAAGUUUGAGAAGGUCUAUCACCCAUGUGUGCUUCUUGCGAAGAAACGGUACGUGGGCUAUAAAUACGAAAGCAAGGACCAGGUCAAGCCCGAGUUCGACGCCAAAGGCAUCGAGACGGUCCGAAGGGACGGCACACCAGCAGAACAAAUGAUUGAAGAGAAGGCCCUGAAAAUUCUCUUCGAAACAGCUGAUCUCAGCCAAGUGAAGGCGUAUUUCAAAAGGCAAUGCACCAAGAUUAUGCGUGGCGGGGUGUCUAUCCAGGAUUUCUGCUUUGCAAGAGAGGUAAAGCUAGGAACAUACAGUACCAGGGGGCCACCGCCACCUGGUGCACUAAUCAGUACGAAGAAAAUGCUCGAGGAUGCGAGAGCAGAGCCUCAGUAUGGCGAACGAGUGCCGUACGUCGUAAUCAGUGGCGCACCAGGCGCACGACUUAUCGACCGGUGCGUGGCGCCAGAAGAGCUAUUGAGCAAUUCUCACCUUUCACUCGACUCAGAAUAUUACAUUUCCAAAAACCUUAUUCCGCCUCUGGAGCGAAUAUUCAACCUUGUCGGAGCCAAUGUGCGACAAUGGUAUGAUGAGAUGCCCAAAAUCCGGCGCAUUCGCCGCGUAGACCGAAGCUAUGGCAAUGUAUUAGCCAAGAAGACGCUGGAAUCAUACAUGACAGUAGCAGCUUGUUUAGUCUGUGGCGUUAAGACUAAGAAUAAGGACUCUCUAUGCAGACGAUGCCGACGCAAUGUUCCCGCAUCAGUGUCGAAACUGCAGGUGCAGCUCAACAGGGAAGAGAGAAAAUUAUUGGACAUAAACACAAUAUGCCAGAGCUGCGCUGGGCUGGCACCCUUGGAUGAUGUUCCGUGUGAUAGUAAAGACUGCCCCGUCUUUUAUACACGGAUGAAACAGACGGCGCGGUUCAGAGCCGAGAGGAGUACGAUCCAGCCCGCUAUUCAGCAGCUCCUUGACGGUUCGGUUGGUCGAAAGGCGUUACAGUGGUAAAGUUCAUGAUGAAGACGACGAUGACAAGGCACCAAGCAAACGAGAUACCCAUGCGUGCAGAGAGGGCACAUCCAUAAGAGCAUCACUCUCAGGGGUUUGGUAUAACUAGAUUUAGUAAAUAAUACAUGAAUGAUAUCGUAGCAUUUUCAUGAUCAAGGUCUCCUACCUUGAUCUAUUAAUGCUUCAAUUCUGACAAUCCA